GCUGACAGUCUCGUAAUUUUCGCUUUCCAAAACCAAAACCAAGGCACUAGGCACUUAUUUCGAUUUUCUAAGAGAAAAAACGUCAGGCACCAUACAACAUGGGCUUGAAAUACGCGAUCAAAAGCUAGUUAUAGCUGAAAUAUUGCUCUAAUUGUAGUGUUAUUGUUAUAGUUUUGUUUUAUAUGUACAUUGUGUAACUCUUAAAUUAGUCUAAAAUGGAUACGUAUAUCUUAGACCUCGGUUAUGGCGUUUGUUGAUCAUUAAAAAUUUCGUUCGGUUUAUAAUUUCCUUCUAUUUGAUGUCCGAUUUUCGUUAGUGAUCGUUUAUUUUGUUCGUGUUUUCGUGUAUACCCGAAAUGGUGAAAGAAAAGCCUAAUUCAAUACGGAUCUACGACGACGAGGGAUUCAGACGGCGCGCUGCUUGCAUAUGCGUACGGUCUGACGCCGAAACGGAGGUGUUGUUAGUGACAUCGUCGCGCCGGCCUGACAACUGGAUUGUGCCCGGCGGCGGGGUUGAACCGGAGGAAGAACCCUCUGUGACGGCGAUGCGGGAGGUUCUCGAGGAAGCUGGCGUUAUUGGAAAGCUUGGUCGUUGUCUUGGUGUUUUCGAAAACCGCGAACACAAGCACAGGACUGAAGUAUACGUGAUGACCGUAACACAGGAGUUGGCGGAGUGGGAGGACUCCCGUCUGAUGGGGCGCAAACGACAAUGGUUCUCGAUCGACGACGCCCUCGCCCAACUGGCGCUACACAAGCCAAUUCAACGGCAUUAUUUACAACAGCUCAAGCGAUCCAAACAGACCAAGCCGGACGACAGCUAAACGCUUUAUCGGGACUAGGGGGAAGUGUGAAAUCUCUAGAUGCAUAUUUAUUCAAACCAUUCUGAAGAUGUAUUUUUCAAAUAUCCAUCACCAAAACCAAUACAUUUUUAGUGUCAGAUGAAAUAUUCAGUAUCUAAAUUGUGGCAAUACUAUGAAUGGCAACAGAACUUUCAAUUUGGUUGUUUCUGUUUCAGGAAACCUUAUCAGAAAUUGGAGAAAUAGAAUCACAUUUUGAGUUACCAUUUUGUAUAAAAAAAACACUUAUAAUAAUAUUUUAAUUUAAAAAUAAUAAUAAUAAAAAUAAUAAUAACAAUUGUACUAACAUGGUAUGAUUUCCAUCUUUAUUAUGAAGUUGCCUGCAAAGCAAAGCAUUUAAACCUAUCUAUAUUAAUUAUCAAAUAUCUCCAAAGGAAACUUUAAAUUAAUCAUAAAAUCUGAUAACAUGAACAAGUCUUUGAAUUUGAUUCAUAAAUAUUUUUUAGUCAGCCUGUUUGGAAAGAGGGAACAACUAAGUCGACCUUAUAGAACAAAUUUGGAUAAGUUGAAAAAAACACUAACUUCUAAUUAGAAUCUGUGAGAUUUUAUGAAUAAAUAGAUAUGCAUUCUGAGAUUUUGUAUAACAAUUACAAUCUAAGUUACUCUAGCUUUUCCGUAGCUAUAUUUUAUUGAAAUAGCUUAUGUCAGCAUUUGAGUGAAUACAGGAGGCUUAAGUGUUUUGUGAGCCUAAGUAAGAAGUCAAUUUAAAAUCUUAAUUCAUAAAGCUCUGUGUGACUUGAUAUCGAAUAAACUAUUGAGUUAAUGAGAAACCUUAAAUCAUUCUUGCCUUUUACUAUUGAAAUCUUCAUUGUCAUGUGGAAGGGAAAUAAUGUAAGCUCUUUAUUUGGUUAAGUCUUGUCUGUCAAAAUGAUUUUGCUUUGUUAAAGAGAAAAAUAAUUUCUUUAAGUUUAAAGUCUGAUUUCUUUUUUAUAAUUAUUAAAGUAUUUUAAUGAAUUGAUUCAAUCGAUAUCAAUGCAUACUAGGGCUAAAACUUUACUGGGGCUGUACCAAGUCAUAUUUUGUAAAUGUACCAUUUUAUCAAAGUUAAAACAUUUUAUUGUGUGUUUACUGUAAUUUUGAUCCGGAGAAACCAUACUGUUAAUCAGCUUUUUGACUACUGUGUUUAAUAUUUUAACAAUUUGUCACGGUACACCCUAAGAUCAUGUGAAAACCAAAUGAAAUAUUUGCUCUAACAAUUGCCCCCUAGUUUCAAACUCAGCACUGCCUCUCAAAUGCAGUGCCGUCUUAUUUUAACCCGUUAUUAGACUUGUCCAACAUUAGUUAUUAUUGAGAUUAUUCAUGUUCCAUUGGGCGAGUCCCUGCAGUGUGCAUAGAAAUUGCGACAUAAUAUGAAAUGUUCUUAACAAAUAAUAGUUCUCAACGCUUGAAUAAUGUGUCAAUUUGGAACAUUUUUGUUAAACUAUAUCCUUGUGUAUAUAAACAUAAGGAUCACUUUCAAAUAUUUUCAUAUUGAUGACACUAAUUAGUAUGAAGCUGUUCCUAUGGGUAUUAUGGUUAUGACCUCUGAAUUGUGUGAGAUGAUUGUACAUUUUGUGAAAACCCUCAUGUUUGACCUUCUAUGAGAAAUAAGUGAAAAAUGUUCAAACUGAUUUCUUCUUUCUGAAUCUAAGUAACGUUACACUAUUCUGCGAGAUCGUCAGAUCUUUUCAGUGUUUCUGACAGUUGCUUUUGGCAUUGACAUGUAUAAAGACUGCACGUGACAGACGUUAUGUCAUUUCAAUGUGAAAAAGUCCUCCGUCUCAAGCCACACAGAAGAUAUCAUCAACAGUGGAAUACAGUCUAAUCAUAUCGCUUAAACAUUUUCAAUAACAUAAACCUAAAAAUUUUAAAAUUUUCUAAAGCAGAAUCAAAAGAUAAUUUCUUGCGUCGAACUGAGGAUUAGUGUAAAAAUACUAGUUAAAUAAAUCUAGCAUUUUAUUAUACUCGAAGUCGUAUUUAUUUUAUAUAAAACUAUCAAUUUGAAACUUUAAUCAUGGCAUUCGCCUGUUACGGUUUAAUUUCGAAAACCAAUUCGUCUUAAACAUUUGAAUAUUAAUGAGAAAUUGGACAUGUCUGGUGGAAUUUAAGGAUAUUUUUGAUUUAAAUAUAAGCGCUAGAUAAUUAGUUGCUAUUUGUACCUAUCUGGAUAUAGAAAAAUUAUUUUUGUAAAUAACAUAAUAUUCUGGUGUUUUAAUAAAAUAUUCAUGAAUGUGUUUUGAAUUAUUAUUCGAAUGCCGUUGCAGAAAAUGUUUUACUUUACCGAGUUUCAACGAAUUAAUAAUUAAAUACACAUUCUUUUUCAAGUGUGUAAUAUUUUAAUAAGGGCGUAGAGUAAGGCGGUACUGUAUGUUGUCUACCUGUGAGGAUGGAUGUAGACGUCUGUGGUCAGUUUCAAAGCGAAUUGGUCUCUGUGGACACGUGUUAUAACACCUUUUUUCUACUUACGUAUUUUUUAUACGGCAAUGAAAUAUUAAUUUUAUUUUGUUAGCAUUAAACAAAAGACAUACAAUC